AUUAAAUAUUGUACAGAAUAAUGUAUUCUAUAUGCAAAAGCGCUUCGAAAUGUAUAGACAAAGGCUAGUGCCGCUGAAGGAUAGAGAUGAUGAUGCUAAUGUUGCCAUCGAAACUCUAUCCUAUUAUCAUAUGCAUUUUUCUGUAUGAAUUGGUUAAACAUAAUAUAGAAGCUGUUAAUAUCGCACCUAGAAGACUGUCUGCAAGACUACAGAAUUAUGGUAAAACCAAGAGAAACUGUGCACGAGCAUUCGUGAUCACCUCAUUUAUAUCACCGGACACCAAUGGAAAUGAGCUACAAGAACGCAAAUCUCUGUCAAACACUGGUAUAGUCGCAAAUAAGAGGUUUGGCAAACUUCAUGGUGAAAAAUCCAAUUGUUCCGUUGCUUUGUCUAAUGCGAUGGGCAAAUGUGGAAUAACUAUAUCAAGAAUCAUCGGUGACACUGUGCAAGAGCUCGGUAAAAGACUUAUUGAAAACAAAUAUUAUAAACAUGGUACUUCACUAAUGAUGUUGAUGAAGCAAAGAUUAUCAACGUUGUCGACAAUUGAACAAAUUGCAUUGGCCAUAAUAGGGCAGUGUGUUUACGCCUUCUAUUUACCUGGAGUCCACCUUAUUUUCCCGUAUCAGAUCAUUCCUACUACUUCAGGAUUUGGAGUUGAUAUAGGCAUUGAUUCAUUGGUCUCAUUAGCAUCAUCUUACCUGUUGUGGAGGUCCCUGCAAAAACCGGAGAGCCACCAGUUAACACUCAAACCAAAUGAUACCGUCAUCAUUCCAAUCGUCGCUACUGGUUUAUUGGCUAGCUUCUAUUUGUCCGCGUAUGCAGCUAGAGUUGUAGAUAAUGUAUUGCUAUUGUUAUCCGCAAUGGACUGGCCGGUUGACCCUGCACUGCAAAGAUCAGUGACCAUACUACUCAGUCACCUUACAUGGGUUAUAUUAGGUGUAAAAAUGCUCAACUAUGUUGUGCCUUUGAAUCAAAAGAAAACAUUAUGGUACACUUUAAAUUCGGAGGAACUAUGGGUAUAUAAAGCGUUGAUGGGCUACUUCGUAUCCUGUGGAGUAUACAAUGUUGCUGAUCUGAUAUUCAAUAUUCUACAAGCAUUUAGCAAACUUAUACACCCACAGUUGAUCAUUAAAGAGGAUAUUACCCCGGAAUUUGUGCACGUAGAGACAUCUAGUAUGAUUCCUUCCAUUGUCACAGCCCUUGGCCCCUGUAUUACGGCGCCAUGGUGGGAAGAGAUGUUAUACCGUGUAUUUGUUUUUAAAGUGAUAAAUGCUAAGUUGCCUAGGAAUAUAGCGACUUGUAUUGCAGCUCUAGUGUUUGCUGUACAUCACAUGAAUCCACACAGCAUAAUACAGCUAUUCGCCUUAGGAGUCCUUUGGUCAUUCAUUGAGCAAGGAACUAACAAUGUGUUCAUUAGCAUGGCAAUCCAUUCAUUGUGGAAUACAAGAAUAAUGCUAGGAACGCUCAUGGGCAAAUGAGUGCUGUCAAUGAUGAUGUAAAAGGCGGAGAUGGCUCUUCGAAGACGUAUCUAUGGG